AGUAGGAAAAAGGUGGAAAAAGUGAAAUAUAGGAACAAUACAUAAAUUAUUGAAGGCAAUACAAGCACGAAGGCGACUGAUAACUGUUUGAUAUUAUUUGAGUUUCUACUUUUCUCAGCGCUGUCAUACAAUCAGAAGUUUUUGAUAACAUUCCCAUUACAUGGGUUGUGUGCCACACAAAACCUCUUAACUUAUCACUUUUAUCGUUCGAUCGUUAUAACAAAUUCAAGUCGCCAGCGGACACCGUUCCGUCGAGAUUGCACAUCUUUCGUCUCUCGAGCGGGAAAUUUCAAUACGACCCUAUUAGCGACAACUCUGCAGUAUCCAUAUCCGUCUAACAAAUUAGAUUCAUUUCCACACUUUCACCAGGAAUUUCCGCGGAUAACUAUCUAGAUAUGGCCUAGCAAGAACAGUCGUCGUCUCGUGGAAAUCUUCAAUAUGUUGUCGAGUGAAUCAUUCGCAAUUUAGUGUCUUUUGUGUCUCAACCCGGGGGAAAGUAUUGAAAAGUCGGUGAAAUCUACGGAAAAUGGGUCGUUCUCAUUCGAAAAUGAAAUUACCCAAUAAUCCGCUGGAGCAAAUUGAGUAUAAUCUAAAACGCAAACAGAAGGAGUUGGAAAAACGGAAAAAACGUCAUGAAAAGUUGAAGAAGGAAUUGAAGAAAGGGAAAAAAUUCAAGCACUUUGGUGGCAGUGGUGAAGUGAAUGAUGGUGAUGAGUUAAAUGGAAAAAAAUGUGAUCUUAGAAUAGUGGAUUAUGAUAAAAUAGCAACUAAUCGACUGCGAAAUCAAUUGGCUUAUGAUUUCUCAUCAUUUGUGCUCAAUCAACUGAUAUUAUCCAUGCACUUCUAUGGGAAUUGUGAAAGAGAGAAAUUGGAAGCUAUAGAAAGAAACCUGCGACGGGAAAGUGACAAAAAUAGGAACUUAGAAAAGCACUCAAUAAUUCUGCCCAAUGUCCUUGACGAUAUGGUUGAGCGGAGGGUUCACUUCAGACCCAAGCAUGGUCCCCUUAAAAAUGAACCGACAUCAUUGCAAAUGCAAAUGAUGUACGUAGUCCAUGAGAAUAUAGAAAUCCUUAAACCCGACGAUACGAACUAUGCUUGGAUAUCACCCACUUGCAAAGUGGUUUUAGAUACUCAAAGCUUGAAAACAGAAAACUGGAAAGGAUAUGUUCGUUUGAAACUAUGGGAGCUCAUCAAGAAGAAAGAAUCGACAGUACCGCCCGAACGUCGGCGAAAACGUCGAACUGUUUUAAGAAAAACCAGAGGUAGUAGAAGUUCUACCAGCAACACUAGUAACACUAGCAAUACCAGCUCGUCAGAUGACGAGGAUAGUUCUUCAGAUAACUCUUGCUAUGUCGCAUCCAGGCACAUGAACGGUGGCGGUGGACAAUUUUCGAUAAGUUCCUCGAGCACCGUGACAAAUCCGUCGAGUUCGGAAUAUGACUAUGCUUACAUAACGAACCUAAAUACUCAUCGACCUCUUAGUUUACUAACAACAACUAGCUAUGAAUCGUCAGAGGCGGGUAGUUCCGGAAUACCUGGAUGGUGUAUAAGUGGACUACCGACAUAUCUUGACUAUAAUUCUAGUGAUACUGAGAAGCACGUCUAUUCAGAUUUUUCAUCAGAUAAGAUAAAGUAUCUAAACUCUAAGGCUUUUCUCUGUUAUUUCGCAAAGCAACUUGAAGAUAAACUUGCUGUGAAUUUAGGAAUAUCUCGUGAAGAACUGAAGGUGGCAACCUGGCGAGGAGCUUCAAUUUACACGUCUAACUAUGAAAUUAUACCUGCCAUUUUUUGUCCCUGGCCAAGUUGUGCCUUCGAGUGGAUGCGCAGACAGAGACCAGUUCAUGAGAAUCCUUUAACUGGUCAGAAAUUCCAAUGGCCAAACCAGGCAAUGGUCCACAGAAUUGUAUCUUUUGGAUGCCAUGUUGUUCCGCUAGGCUACGCUCCCAAAAGAGGAAAAAAUCCAUUCCGCGAACUCGAAUGGAAGAUUGUAUUUCCGAAAGCUGAACGCUAUUUGGAAUCUUGCUUGACCAGCACGCAAAUCAAGGUCUUCAUGAUAUCAAAGGCACUCAUCAAAACUUUCAUGGAGCCUCAGCAAGGAGAGGAGACCUACAUGUUUUCAUUCGACCACCUACGAGCCCACCUCUUCUGGCAGUGCGAACGUAACUACGGAGCUUGGCCGGAAGAGUACAUUGGGGAAGUUUUAAUUAGAUUUCUCAACUCUUUCCUAGAAGCAAUAUCAUGCAAAAAACUGCGUGAUUACUUCCUCCCGGAAAGAAAUCUUUUUGAAAAUAUUCCGGAGAAGGCUCAAGCUGAUCUUCACCAAAUUAUCUCUCAAAUCAUUCAAAAUCCUGUGAUGCACAUUAUGAUGGCUUAUCGGAAUAUACAUUCGUUGCAGAAUGUUUUCCCAAAACUGAACUACAAGGAGCUGUACUCCAUUAUUGUUCUAGAGAAUCCAAUUACAGUGAUAAAUCGAUCAGCGAAAAGUACAAAAUCUAAUAAGGUCCUGCAAAAUAUACUGAAAGCAGAGAGAAGACGUCAGGAGUCAGACGAUGAUGACUCCGAGGACGAAACAGAUAAAUUGCAAGGACUGAUCGGUUAUUCACAGAAGCGCGAGAAAUUCGAUGAAACGAAAAGGAGACGGACAAAAAAGCUGAAACGCAAGGAGCGCGCAAAGAUGAAGAAAAAAAUCGCGAACGAGAAAGCACGACGACAAUCAAUGGACUCGAUUAAUUUGCAGUUUGUCGUUCCUGAGAGUUUAGAAAAAAUCAAACGAUGCCAAGGAAAGCCCCAACUCCGGAAAACUCUGGAUGAUCUUCGCAAAACCUUCAUCAUCGACUUUUUCGUUAACUUCUUCAUUACAUCCGCCCAGCACUCAUACUCCUACCAUGCCUUUGACCAGUCCACCAUCUAUUUGAGCCAAGCAUCGCGGCUUUGUACAGUCCUCCAAGAGUUCACCCUGCAAAAUGAUACUGCCAAAAAAUAUCUAGAAAAUAUCGAGCAAAUUCGACAAAAAGUCCAAACAGCAAUGGAGAAUGAGACCCAACUAGGACCUGCCCUUCCGCGUCGAAUAAGCUUGGAGCCAAUCAAAUCAUUCCAUUCGGGAAGUAAACUCCAGAACGGCCAAGCAGAUCCUUAUGCUAACAUAGACGUAGUGACAAUAAGACAGGAAAAACUCAAAGAUGAGCCAACGUCAAAGAAACCUCUCAGCGGUAGAAAAUCAGUUCAGUUCAAGGAGUCACCCUUCAUCGAACCUCGGCAGUUCGUAGCAACCACGGCACAAGUUCAUUCUCAACCCCCAAACUCUGUUGAUCAGCAAAAUGGUAUUAAACCUAAAUUGAAGAUGAAUGGCAUCAUCAAGCAGCGAAGUGUUGAGGAGUUGAUACCCGGGAAGGAGAGUAAUGGUGUCAAGUUCAAAGCAACAGGUGAGGAGACCCCGCACUUGAAGAUGUCCCCUGUGAAAUCCGGGAAGAAGGAAAUUAAAAUUGCUGCGAUAGAUAUCGAAUCGGACGAUGAAAUCUAUGGAGAUUCAACUGAACUCUGAAUUAUUUUGUAAAUAUAUUCAGGAUAUAGGGUAGCUUUGCGUUAGUCGUUGAUAGGAUUUGUACAGAAAACGUUAUUUUU